GUGUCAGAUGGAUUCUUUGAUCACAGGCUCUUGGUGUAAAUAAAGGACAUUGCCUUUGUAAGGGUGCCCUGCUCAGUUCCUUGUUCCUCAGUUCCAAAGGCACGGGAGGUGAUCCCUCACAGCCCACAGGGAGCAUGGCAGGAUGGCAGUCAGUGCUAAUCCUUCAGGUCACUCACACGGGUCGGCUUAAGCAGCCGGGUUCUCCCUGUGCUGGCACAGGGCAGCGGUGCCCUCUGAGCAGGGAGCUGAGGCGGUGCCUGCUCUGGGGCCUGGAUUCCCCCUUGGAGAGCUGGAAGUGUGACAGAAGCCAGAAAGGACCCUCUGCUAUUAAGGUGUGUGUGUUUGUAUCUAUAAGUACAAUGUGUUUUGACCAGGGCAUGCACAAACAUUCUGCAUUUGCCUACGGGAGACGUGGCACUGGAAUGUGAGAGAGGGCUGAGGGAAAAGUGAUCCGCUCGUGUUCUCCCUGCUGACGAGCGCAGCACCACUGCAGUUCCAGGCAGCCAGUGAGUUUCCAGUCAUGUAAACUUUGGCAUAUGUGCAGAACACCUUCUAGUCUAUAUAUAUAUAUUGUGUCAACAGUGGUAAUGUUUUGGAAGUGAGUAUGCUAAGGUAAGAGUGAUUUUGUACUAAAAUGUUUGCUAAAUUGACAACACUGACGUGUUUAAGUAUCUUUACAGACAUCAUAUUUUGUAUGUUGUUUUUGAUAUUAAAGGAUACAUGUUUUGCUAGCCUUAACUCCAUUCUUUCAAGUUCUGCURUGUUAGAAGGGUAAAAAUGAAUGUUUAAUGUUUUCCAUGGUGCUAAAGUAACUGUGAUCAGUCUCAAAUUCAGAAUAAAGAUGGUAGUUCUUAARUGGCCCAUUUGUUACUGCAUGCAUCAUUUUCAGUCUUAUUGAGAAAGAUUUGUCAUUUUGAAAAGUAAUUUUUUGUUGUCUUCUGAUAAUUGUUGAAUCUAGUGUGUAGAUCUUUGUGUAAAAGUCUUUACAGCUUUUAUUGCCACUAUGGUCUGACUGAAAUGUCCCCAUUACAUUUUCUCCUCAAUUAAUAUAUGGUAUAACCCAUUUCAUUCUGAUUGCACUGACAAUCCAUUUCAAGACUAACGAUUUAUAAACCUAAACUAUUGAGUUGCUUGUUUCUGAAAACUGAUUUUCUCUAUUUUCAAUUCUGGGGCUUAAUAUCAAACUUGCAGAAACAGUUGCAUUCACAAAAGGCAGAAGAAAAAUUGAGAAGGGAGRGGGGAAAACUGUGGUAAAAUAAGCUUGGGUCGUGUUUUAAAAAAAUUCUCAUUUUGCUUCAUGAGCUGCCAGUGUGAUUCAGUGGGACCUUUAAUCAUUUACUGGCCUGCUACCAGCUUCCCUUUGACUUACCUUGGUGAUAUGAAGCAUGAAGUGUUUCCUCAUUGACAGCUUCACUAAGUCCCAGGAAUUCAUCCACCUUCUCUUUGUAGUAGGGCCAAAUAUUYAAUUUCUUUAAUAAAUAUAUCUGAUGAUGUGGGUGAAAUACUCCCUUUCCAGCUGGGGUUAUUCUCUAGGCUGUUUGCAGUUCAAAUUAAAAUUCAAAAAGGUGCCCAAAACCUUUAUAAGUGCCUGGGUGCUGUUGCCAUUUGUACAUUCUCAAUGUACAAAGCUUCUUUGUAAGUGUAUGAAACAACAGUGAGGGGAAGCCCGGGGCAGACAUUUCGAAUACUGCKGUACCUUUUUCAGGAAGCUGUUUUUAUAACAAGGCAAAAUGCUAACAUGUAGAAAUGUGAUUUGACUCGUGUGUGACUACUCUUAUAGUUGAAAUUUUGUUAUCUGGAGYUGUCUUUACCACUGGACCUGCGAACAUAAGCUCAGCAGUGUUCUGCAGAUAUCUYAUGCUUCAGACCUUGCACUCUUGCUAAAGUAUGAACGGGAGAUCGAUCAGGUUUAAAUGUUACCUGGCGAGGUUACUUGUAGCAAGCAGCUAAAUUUUUGUCAAUGCGUCAAUGCCCCCAGGCUAUUCGAACGGAAAAUGUUUGCAACAUGUUUGCCAGUGYCAGGAAAAACGUGAUUGGGCUACUGCUCACUGUCCGUGCACUAUUAUAGCCCAGUAGAUCUUUAUGAACAACUCAAAACAAAGCAGUGCAGUUUGGAAUUAGCUUUUGAGUUGUUCGUGAGGCUUAAACACACCUAGCAUGCUGAAAAACAGAGUCUUUUUUACAGGGAGCAGCACCUUAGUGGCGGACAGGGAGCAUGAACUGCGACUUGUGGCACAGUCUGAGCUGCUCCACGUGAAUGGUGGGAAUUUGUGUAGUUUUAAUACUCGGUACUUUCAGUACCAGGAAUAUUUUAAUACCUGCCCUUAGGAGACCGGGCAGCUCGCUCUCUCUCGAAGCUUUAUUAGCGUGACAUAACGCAGUCAUUGUAAAAGACAAAGGCCUUUUAUGAUCGGUUGUCUGAAAGGUCGAGUGCAGUUUAUAUGAUAACACAGAUUAAAAAUAAAUAAAAUAAUAAAUGAUGGUUUAUAAGGGCACUUCUUCAGGCACUGAGGCACAAACCUGAAGCGGCGCGGAGUGCCAGCGGUCGCGGCAAUGUCGGUCCCCAGCGCAGAGCCCUGUUCCCAGGAGGAGCCCCAUUCCCAGGAGGAGYCCCCGGCGGAGGGGGAGGCGGUGCCGGCCCCCGGAGCUGAGCCCGGCGCUCCUCCCGCUCCGCUUCCCGAUCCUCCUCCCGCUCCUCCCGGCGCCKUGCGCGGGGCGGGGCCGGCGGGGCYGCGCUCCCCGGGCCCGGAGCGGCCCUCGGAGCCCGCGGCGGGAGCCAUGGCCGACCGGGAGCUGCAGGUCCGCUUCAUCGAGCCGGGGGAAGGCGAGGAGGAGGCGGCGAGGGCGGCCGGCGGCGGCUGGCGAUGCUGCCGGUGUGUGGACGGGAACGCGCUGCGCUGGUGCAUCACCGGGGCGCUCUGCGCCUCCUUCCUGGGGCUGGGGAUGAGCAUCGCCGURCUGGGUCCCACCUUCCCCAACCUGGCCGCCAAUGUCCGCAAGAACGUCAGCGACAUCUACUACAUCUUCGUGGGCCGGUCCCUGGGCUACCUGGGCGGCUCGGUGGUCGGCGGGGUGCUCUUCGACUGCAUGAACGCCAGCCUGCUGCUCGCAUUAUCCAUGCUUGCAACAACGGCUGGUCUUUAUGGGAUACCCUGGUGUAAGCAAGCCCUGCUAUUGACAGUUUUGAUGUCAGUUAUUGGAGGUUCCAUGGGAAUUCUGGACACAGGUGGCAAUGUACUGGCACUGAAUACCUGGGGCUCAGAGGUUGGGCCACACAUACAGGCUUUGCACUUCAGUUUUGCUGCUGGUGCAUUUUUGGCUCCGAUCCUGGCUAAAAUGGCUUUGGGAGGUUAUGAAUCUGAAGAACUUCCAGAGGCUGAAAAGACAAACCAGUCUGUCCUCAAGUCUGUGCCAACAGCAUCAGCUGCAUCACCGACACCGACACCGAAAGACCAUCAUGAUGAAGACUUUUUGUGGUCCUAUAUUAUCAUAGGGACAUACAUUCUCCUAAUUUCCAUCUUCUUUUUUGUUUUAUAUGCAAAGGGUAGCUCAGCUCAAGACAAAGCAAAGGCUUCUGGGCAGAAGGGCAAGCUUGCCAAACACCACUGGGCUCUAAUUGGCCUCCUGUUCGUCUUCUUCCUCUUCUACGUGGGAGCAGAGGUCACUUAUGGCUCUUAUGUAUUCACUUAUGCAAUGGUCUUUGCCGAGAUGACAGAAAGCGAAGCAGCUGCUUUAAAUUCUGUCUUCUGGGGCGCAUUUGCCACGUGCAGGGGGCUGGCAAUAUUUGGCGCCGCUUUCCUGUACCCUGGCACCAUGAUCCUGAUGAGUCUCUUAUGCUCUGCUGCCUCCUCGUCAGCCCUGGCGUUCUUCGCGCAUUUCCGAGUSUCGCUGUGGGUGGGAACGGCCGUGUACGGAGCGUCCAUGGCCACCAUCUUCCCCAGCGGCAUUUCCUGGAUCGAGCAGUACACGGUGGUGGAAGGCAAGUCGGCCGCUCUGUUCGUGGUGGGCGCRGCGCUGGGUGAGAUGUGCAUUCCUGCCGUGGUGGGCUAUCUCCAGGGCAGGUUCCAYCACAUUCCCGUCGUUAUGUACACCGCCUUCGUCACCUCUGUCAUCACCGUGCUGCUCUUCCCCGUGAUGUACAAGCUGGCCAACGCUCCCCCGGACGAUGACUCCAAAGAAGUGAGUGACACCGAGACCUGCAGAGCUUUGCUGUCGAACUCGAGGCUUACUGAGGAUGAGGAGGAUGAGGAGGAUGUGAGGGAGUGGAAUGAUGCAGACUUUGAGGUCAUAGAAAUGAAUGACAAGCUGAAAAGCUCUCCGACGGAGAGAUUCCGUAAGAUUCCAGAGGACUCUCCAGCRGAAAUCUCUCUCCAGCCCCAUCUGGACAAUGUCUUGGGUGACUCUCCAGUGGUUGUUGAAGGCUCCCCUGAGAGACAAAAUGGGAAUGUUGACUGGGAAAAGAGUUAAUGGAGUCACAGCUGAGGUUUCUGUUGUUUUUUGGGGUUUUUUUUUUUCCUAAUGGAAAUGUAAUUGAACUGUAGCUGUUGUCAAGUGGUUCAGGAAUCCUUUCACAGUGGUGUGUGCAGAGCUCAGGGCAUUCAUUUUCCCAGCCCUCUCUCCUCUUUCAUUUUCAGCCUCCAGGGAUGUGCCUUGGAGUGGAAAGGUCCUCAGUGACRUGAGUGGGGUAAAAUGACAAAUGCACUCGUAAUGCCAAAACUGUUAAAGUGUAAGAGAAGUUUUCUAAAUGUGAGUCAUGCAUCCRAGUAAGAGAUGCUGUAAUAACUGGGAAAGAAGGGGGCAGCUCACACUACUCAGGUUUUUGGGGUGGAUGAAAAGUGCAGGUCUGAGRUGCUUUGUCACAAACUGAUUUCAUGAGAGAGGAGAGAAAUCUGUUAYUGGUGAUGCUGAACUUUCUUACCUUAUGAAAGAGGAACGUUUUUACUGCAUUUGAAAGUUGUGUGUAAUCAGGAGAUCAGUUAAAAUUUCAGGUGAUGCCCAGCAGCAGUAAACUGAAUAACCUUUUGGCAAACUAUAUGAAUUUCUGGUUCUGAGACUAAAAAAAAAAUCUGGGCAUUAUUUCUUAGGAGUGGAACCAUGCCUUUGGGUCAUUUAAAAGCGGUUUAUGAGAAGGGGCACAAAAUGGGUCAUUGUUAAUCUGCUCAAAUGCGUAACUCUGACUUAUUGAACAGUGGUGACAAUCUAAAUAAUCCAAAGUAUUCGUGAUUUUAAUUAUGGCACCACCACUGAAAUCAACAAAUGUAUACAGAAAAUUAUAAAAUUAUCAUAUUUUAGAAAGGUUUGGGUUGGAAGGGACCUUAAAGAUACUCUAGUUCCAAUCCCCUGCCGUGGCRGGGACACCUUCCACUAGACCAGAGGGGGAUUGGGCAUCCACAGCUUCUCUGGGCAAUCCAUUCCAAUGCCUCAACCACCCUCACAACAAAGARUUUUCUUCCUAAUAUCUAACAUAAACCUACUGUUUCAGUUUGAAUCCAUUCCCCCUUGUCCUAUCACUACAAGCUCUUUGAAAGUCCCUCUCCAUCUUUCUUAUUGGCUCCCUUCAGGUAAAAGAGAUUACUUAAUACAAGGUAUUUUAAAGCCAGUUGUUUAAAUUAAGGUUAUAGCAACUUCUCUGGCUUUCUGUACCAGGAUUUUAACAUCCUAAUGUGUUACAUCCUAAUGUGUGAAGAUUUGUGAAGGAGACAGAAUUAUCAAGGAGACAAUCCUUUCCAGGAYGACUACUUACCCCAUGCCAGCUGGACUGGUGACAUUUGGGUUUUAUUUCUUUAGGGGAUGACAUGGAGAUGGACUCCUCUUAGUGGAGAAGCCGUGGUUCAUUGCAGGUUCAUUGCUGCUAAGCAGGAAGCCCCAGGCAGGAGUAGCCAUGCUAGAGAGCCUUCCCAGUAAGAGAGAAAAAAAAAAA